AUGUUCCGAACUCUGUGCUUUCCCAAGGCUUUGAUUCGACGCAAUGUCGCUACACGGGCAAAAAUGCCGUCCCUGCAGAAUCUUCCCGAUGAAUUGCUGCUCAACGUGAUCAACAAACUUUCGGUAUACAAUGUCAUGGCCUUGCCGCAACAAAGCCGUGGAAUACAUGCUCUAUGUGAUCUGAAAAAUCGUCAGAAAUAUCAUCAAUUGAAGUUCGGCCGAGAGAAGUACCCGCAGAUCCAUGAAGCUGUACUCAAAGCUGGACUAGACACAUUACUUGCCAUCUUACGAACUCCCUCCCUUGGAGAUUAUCUUCGGCGUGUGGACCUGUACGGAACUGGAAUGAUUGAGUUUGAUCCUGACUCCGAAAAUUCCAUCCAAGAUUCUAUACUUUCCCCUGAGGACAUCGACAGGCUCAAGCAAGCAAUCCUAGGCGCCGGCUUCCAAGAUGCACAGGAGCGCGAAUCUGAUUCAAGCACGGAAGCACUUCAGUUUAAAGAUGCCCUUAUUACGCUCUUAGUUGCAGCUGCCCCGAAUCUUGAAUUCAUUUCAAUGUAUCCAUUACUGGAAUACAUUCGAUUUUCAUCUGCUAGGAAUCAUGAAAGGGUGAAUCUUCUCCAAUCAUUACUAUAUCGGGCCUCUACGUCUGCAGAAUCGGUACCUUGCUGCCAAAAUCUACGAAAUAUUAGCUUCCACCCAGACGAUAAGCUUAACGAAUUCAAUGAGUACGUUGAAGACCCAUAUUAUCAUCGGCUUAAUAUGGUCCGUAAACUACCGGCUAUCGAAUCGGUCGCUUUUAAGCUGGUAACGUGGGGCAAUGAAGCCGGAAUACCACCUCCUCCCCGUUCUGCCAACUAUAGCAAGGUCAGCUUUACACAUUCUACAAUGGAAAGCUGGGAUCUUUGCCUUUUACUUCCACUAUCGGUGGUCGUUUACCCUGAGGGUGGCAACCCCUCGUUAUACGUGACUCCGAUAUUCAAGUCCCUUUGGAUACACCGCCAGACUUUAGAGGAAUUGAAUCUGGAUAUGGAGAGCCAGACAUCUCGGCAAGAAUUGUAUGAUGAGGAAUAUCAACCCUGUCAAGAAGAUAGGAUGACCGAAGAGGACCGAAAAGAUUAUGAGGAGCAAUGGGCAGACGAGCCGCAGGAGCUAGCCGCCGUAGAAAUCGCACCUGUACGCGUCUCCCUGAAAGACUUUUCACAGCUCAAGCAUCUCAGUAUUGGAGUCCAUACGCUAUGCUAUCUAGCUCGAGGUGCAGGAGAUGGCAAGAAGCAGCUUGAUUCAAAGUCUUUCAAUCUUGUUGAUCAUAUCCCAUCUACUCAUGAGUCUCUCCGGAUUUACGUGCUCGGAGAGCCCGUGGAUAGGAGUACCCCCUAUCUGGAUUACGAAUCUGAUCUAGAUGUCAAUGCCCAAAUACAGCAGCUGGCGCGUGAGAAAGAUGCCAAACUGCCAGGACUGAAGAUUUUUGAAGGCGUUGAUCCUUGCAUUCCAAAUGGCAGGAUUGUGGAUGAAGAGGCGGAUGAAGAUGAUCUAGAACUUUUCUGGAAAUAUCCAGAUGACAACAGGUUUGACCACAAUGUCAAUAGUAUCAAUGCUGUCACCAGUGUAAAUUAG